GGUUUCUUCUAGCCGUCAGCCACCACGUGACUGUGUCAUCACUUUUGAGUCAGUGAAAGUUUGUCGUAUUUGUACAACGCGACAGGUUGGAGCUCACCAUUAGUGCCCAAGACGUCUGAGUGCACGCAAAUUUAGUAAAUCGUGAACAGAGGACCCGAAUCAGGACAUCACGUCAUGUCUGGAUAUGACAGCAACCCGUUUGCAGACCCUCACGAAGCCGCAAAUCCGUUUGCCGACCCGUCGGUUACGGAGGCCACUAGCUCCGCAGCUCGUGGUAUAGAAGACUACAACCCGUUUGCCGAUGAUAAUCAUCCGGAACCCACGACUACAAGCGCUGCAGAACCUGUGCCACCUCCUGUGGCUAAGCCUGCGCCUCCCACUCAGCCUCCUGUCUUUAAGCCGGAGCCUGCAGCAUAUCCUAGUCCUCCUACUUACAGCGACACGUAUCCAGGAGAGGAAAGACCUAUAGUACAAGACGAUGAGCUCGGAAAGGCACACGAAGAAAGGCUCCAAGAGCAGCAGCCUACGCCGACAUCGGGCCUUGUGACAAAAGAGAGGAAGAACAACUUCCCACCGUUACCUGCCAAGUGUCCAUGCCAACCGUGUUUCUAUCAUAACAUAAAGGACGACAUACCACCUGACAGCCAGGCCAGGGUGAGACACAUGUGGCUCCUCUGGUGGUUGCUGUUUGCUUCUUGGUGUCUGAAUGAGAUCGCCUACAUUGCUGCUUUUGCGGUUGACGCCGAUGGUGGAGAAGGAUUUGGCUUUUCGUUGCUGUGGUUUGUACUUGCGGUACCGUGCUCAUUUGUAUGUUGGUACUGGCCAGUGUACAAAGCAUUCAAGAGUGAUAGCUCCAUGUGGUUCAUGAUCUUUUUCUUUGUUUUCUUUUUUCAAAUUCUUGCAUUUAUUGUGUAUGCAAUCGGGAUACCAAAGUCAGGAAACAUGGGCUUCAUUCUUGCUUUCAAAGCUGUCGACAAGAACACUGCUGCUGGUAUCAUUUGCAUCGUAUCGGCGACCUUUUGGGCAGCAUGUGGUACCCUUUCAGUAAUUCUUCUACUGAGGAUUCAUCGAUAUUAUCGGACCUCGGGAAUGACCGUACGGCAGGCACAGGAGGAGUUUGCUCAGAGUCGGGCAGUAAGGAGUGCCGGACAAGCUGCAGCUGAAACUACUGUAGCUGCUGUUACUGCAAAGUGACAGGUUGACCGAAUAUAGGAAAAUGAAUGAUGUAGGUGUGGGUGGGUGUUGGGCUUAUUGCAUCGUGUUCUUCACAUGGCUGGCAUGAUAUAGUGGUGAGUUAUGGGAAACUGUACGUUGUUUUGUAUGAUGAAUUUUGUUCAAUUAGGGUACUGUACUGUAACGCCAUCCAUUCACAUUGUAGCUUCAUUUGAGAAACAGACCAGCUGGUUACA